CCCUCCCCGCCUCCCUGCGCAGCGCGAACAUGGCGGCGGCGGCAGCGGCGAGGGACUGAGCAGCGCCAGCGCUCGGCGGCCGCGCAGGUUUUGCUAUGCCGCAGUGUUUGUACUGACUCUGCUGUCUUGUAGGAGUGAUGGGGAACUAGAGCCCAUGACAGUUCAGUGGAGCCCUUGGCACUUUUGAUAUCUCGACAUCUUCAGUUCUGUAAGAGCAACCCAGUCCCAGGAUAAGGACAGCAGCAGGUGGUAGAAUGCGGAAACCAGGCCCUCAGAAAGCCAUAGACUGGAAAGAUGGUAAAAAGCACAAGUACAGCCGCCCGUCAGAGUCUCCCUCCCAGUACCAAGGUCACUUCACCUGGGAGAAAUACCUGAAAGAGACAUGUGCCAUCCCAGCUCCUGCCCAUUGUUUCAAGCAGUCCUACACUCCACCUGCAAACGAGUUCAAGAUCAGUAUGAAACUGGAGGCCCAGGACCCCCGGAACACCACGUCCACGUGCAUCGCCACCGUGGUGGGGCUGACGGGCGCCCGCCUGCGCCUGCGCCUCGAUGGCAGCGACAACAAGAACGACUUCUGGAGGCUGGUGGACUCUGCUGAGAUCCAGCCCAUUGGGAACUGUGAGAAGAAUGGAGGGAUGCUGCAGCCUCCACUGGGCUUCCGGCUGAAUGCCUCCUCCUGGCCCAUGUUCCUUCUGAAGACUCUGAAUGGAGCAGAGAUGGCUCCAGUCCGGAUUUUUCACAAGGAACCACCAUCUCCUUCCCAAAACUUCUUCAAGACAGGUAUGAAGCUGGAGGCAGUGGACAGGAAGAACCCUCACUUCAUCUGCCCGGCCACCAUUGGGGAGGUGAGAGGUUCUGAGGUCCUCAUAACAUUUGAUGGCUGGAGAGGUGCCUUCGAUUACUGGUGCCGAUAUGAUUCCCGGGACAUCUUUCCCGUAGGCUGGUGUUCGCUGACUGGAGAUAAUCUGCAGCCCCCUGGUACAAAAGUUGUGAUUCCAAAGAGCCCUUUACCUGCCUCCGAAGUAAACUCGGAGAAACCUAGCAUGCACAGUAGCACAAAGACUGUUUUGGGGCAUCAACAAGGGCAAAGGCGUCGCAAAACAGGGAAGAAGCGUGGUCGAACGACCAAAGCGCUAAUCCACCACCCCAUGCCUACACCCUCCAAGUCAGUGGAGCCUUUGAAAUUCCCCAGAAAGAGAGGCCCCAAGCCUGGCAGUAAGAGGAAACCUAGGACAUUGCUGAACCCAGCACCCACCUCUCCAACAACCAGUACCCCAGAGCCAGACACAAGCACUGUGCCCCAGGACGCUGCUACAAUCCCCAGCUCUGCCAUGCAGGCUCCCACAGUUUGCAUUUACUUGAACAAGAACGGCAGCACUGGGCCCCACCUAGACAAGAAGAAAGUUCAGCAGCUGCCAGACCAUUUUGGACCAGCUCGAGCUUCUGUUGUCCUGCAGCAAGCAGUACAGGCCUGCAUUGAUUGCGCUUAUCAUCAGAAAACAGUCUUCUCCUUCUUAAAACAAGGCCACGGGGGAGAGGUCAUCUCAGCUGUGUUUGAUCGGGAACAGCACACUCUGAACCUGCCAGCAGUAAACAGUAUCACCUACGUCCUCCGCUUCCUGGAGAAGCUCUGCCACAAUCUGCGCAGUGACAACCUCUUUGGGAACCAGCCUUUCACUCAGAACAGCCACAUGCAGCGCUCACACGAGUACGACCACGACAGGUAUCUACCAGACAGAAGCAGUUCGUUAGACGGCUCUCUGCAGGGACCAGGCCGGGGUACAAAGCGCUAUUCCCAAGAUUCCCCUCCAUACAGUGCUCCUCUCUCCCCCAAGUUACCAAAGAAUGACCAUCACCCUUUGGAAGGUGAAACCUUUGUCCUGGGAGAUGGCCUCCCAGGGCCCUUGGAGCCUCGCCUGGACCCCAUGGACUCUGCCUUGAACUCUGUCAAUUCAUCCAGCCACAGCAGGAGUUCCAGAGACUAUCGCCUGCCAGGAUACAGGCACCUGCACCAGCCCUCUAGCCUCAGCCAGGGCAGCACCUCUGCCCUGCGCAGGCUUAGCUCUGGGGGGUCGGACAGGUACCUCGGCUCCCGGGACGUCUCCCGGCUCAGCAGCCGCGACCCCUCGUCCUGGACGGUGGAGGAGGUGAUGCAGUUCAUCCGCGAGUCGGACCCACAGCUGGGCCCCCACGCUGACCUCUUCCGAAAACACGAGAUCGACGGGAAAGCCCUGCUCUUGCUGCGGAGUGACAUGAUGAUGAAGUACAUGGGGCUGAAGCUGGGGCCAGCCCUGAAGCUCACUUACCACAUCGACAAGCUGAAGCAAGGCAAGUUCUGAGAGGACUCCUGGCAGGAUGGAUCCUGGAAGCUCCGCUCCCGGCCGUCCCCACCCGCGCUCACCUGCCGACAGGUUCGCAUGCACACACCCCUUUCCGCCGCAGACGGACACUCCCGACGCCCGGCCG